AGCAUAAAACUUCAGGUAAUUGAUUUAAUUUUCAAUCCCAAUUUCAAUUUCGUGUUAAAUAAUUGAUUGACUCUCGUAGGCGUAAAGGCAAUCUAAUGUGAUUGCUACCGCUGAGUAUCAAUUACUUAGAGUCCUCCACCAUGCAGACCGUGCUCGUGAUCUUCCUGCUGUUUUCUCUUAGUGUCCUAGGAUAUCCAGACUCAAACCAGAAUAUAAAUACAAUAGACGAGGAACAUCAAAAAAUUGUUGAGGACUUGCAGCAAAGAUCAGUGCAAUGUGCAAAAGAAAAACAGAAACUGGGGGCACAAAUUAAGGCACUGAAGAAAUUGCUGAAGGAUAAAAAUACAACCUUAGAGGACACACUAGAAAUUAUUGAGUCUUGUAAAAAAAGGAAUGUGCAUUACUUAACAACAAACCAGAUGGUUACAAAACAAAAUAAGAUUCUUAAAGACCAAGUAGAGGAAUGCACCGCGUCAAAACAAGAAACUGACAGAUAUAAAGAAGAAGCUGUUCAAAAACUUGAGGAAUGUUCUAGCGAGAAGGAGGCUCAAGAUAGGGCUCUGGAGGCGCAAAAUUACGACAUAAAGGAGAAAGAGAGGAAAAUUGCGGAAUGUGAACAGAAAAAUAAGAUAAUUCAGAACAAUAAUGACGAGCUCGACAGUAUAGCUGCGGAACUGGAAAAUGACAUUGAGAGGGCACAGUCAAAAGCAACAGACAUAAGAUCCAAAUUAAAGCAACCAUCGAGCGUUAGAAUGGGUUGAGACAUCAGAUAAUGGAACUGGGCAAUAUAUACUGCAAAUAAGUCCGAAUUAAACGUUUGAGUGGCAUUA